UCGGCUUCAACUCAGCUCAGCCUCUUUCAUCUGCAUCUCAGGUGCAUGAAUACCCUUCAACUUCAACUUCUCAAGAGAUUUGCUGCAGAAAUUGUAAAAAAGGAGCCUGCUGUACACAACAUGGUUGAACGAUGGCCAGCACUCUUCACAGAGAGACAGGUGUUUGCCGAGUUUAAUAGAAUCGCCAGUAAGAAUCUUGAGGGAGACUUCUUUGAGGCUCUGGACCAGUACACCAGUUCAUCGAAAUUUCAAAACAAAACAAAAAAGGGAACUGUUGGCCGGAAACUCAGUGAGCUGAUGCAGCACAUGAGCUGGAUGACACCAGACGUGACAGUACUUCGCUCUGUUGUCCUCAAAGGCAUUCCAAUUUUACUUGGUGACGCCUCCAGUGAAUUCUUCAAGACAUGCUCUGAUACAGCAAGAGACGAGGCCCUAGAAUGUAUCACUGUUGGUGUGCUGACAGUUGUCAGUGAAGAUAGUCCUCAAGAGGGUCCAAGUUCAGUGGACCUCCAGCCCAUCUCCACUGCCAUCAUUCUGGAGGGAGGUAUCGUCAUGGAUCGUAUUAAAAACUUGCCUCAGGCAGUUUGUCUGUUGUUUGGGCUUACAUUUGCUUUGCAUUUGGAUUACCCAAAAUGCAUGGCAAAUACACUCAACUUCAUUCAGACUGUGAUGCUUGGACUGGGAAAGAAAAACCUCCCACCAAAACUGUUAACUCUGAAGAACAGUCUCCUGGAUUAGACUAGUAAAGAGCCAUCAGCUGUCAGCAAUUUGCAAGUUAUAUUAAUGUUCUCAUGUUAUCAGAUAAAGUUUGAUGCUUUCAUGCAAAUGAGCUGGCUUGUUUCAAUUGACGGAUUCUACUUAUCUGUUAAGGAUGUCAUGUCUGUACGUACAAGGGCCUUUUAUGUCUGAAAGAAUGGCACCAGCCCCUGGAACAGUGUCGUAGUUUAAUUCCCACCAGGGGAAAGUUUUGGUUCAGUGGACGUGCACACAAACGGCUCGUGGGCUUAAUGUUAAAGGUGUAGUGUGGCAUUUUGUUUACAUGCUUAUUUUACUAGCUGAACGGUUGAAAUGUGGCUGUUUUUCACGCCACAGGAAUCCAGGCUAACCGUUUCCCUCUGUUACCAGUCUUGGUGCUAAGCUAAGAUAAAUGCUGCUUCAUAUUUUAAUGGAAGGUGGCAUUGAUCCUCUAAUCUCACUCUUGUCAAAAGAUUGAAUAAGAAAACUGUCCCCCAAACUGUCCAACAAUGAUUAAAAGACAGAAACAUUUCAUUGACAAUGAAUAUAACCACUUGGAUUCAGGCUUUAAAUGUGACUUUAGGAUGUUUGUUAUAUUUUAUUUAUACAAAAUGUCAGCUGCAGCAUGACCCCGUGUUUCUCUUCCUGUCUGGAUUUAAAAAAAAAAAAUCCAUUCAAGUCUGUACCAUGUUAUGCUGGUUUGCUAAUGGUGAUGUUUAUUGUUCAGCCUAGAUCUGUAAA